CCCUCUUUUUAAAGAAAAACACGCACUGUGUCUGUGUGUGUUAUUGAAAAUGGGGAGUUUGAGUUUGGAUAAUUUUCAUGCAAGGAAAAGAAAAGCUAUGGUGAAGCUGAUGAAGGGUAAGGAAAUCGCUGUCCAGCUUCAAACCCUUCUCCACGAAAAUAGCGAACCGGUUACGGAGCAGCAACUCGCCUUCCAAAUCUACAGAUCUUUCUCCGAUACUCUCUCUGAGCUCAGCUCCUGCACUACCCAGAUCCCGGCCGUUGAAGGCGGCGCCUCCGCCUCCUCCUCCGACGACACCAGGAAGAAGAAGAUGAAGAAGAAGCGCGGGGUCAAAGAUCUGAGGGGUUGUUACAAGCGGAGAAGGACCUCAGAUUCAUGGGUGACUCUUUCUCCAUCUAUGGAAGAUAAUUAUGCUUGGAGGAAAUAUGGACAGAAGUCCAUCUUGAAUUCCGACUAUCCCAGGAGCUACUUUAGGUGCACUCACAAGCAAGAUGGCUGCAAAGCCUUAAAACAAGUGCAAAGAAUCAGAGGAGAUGAAAUCAUGUACCAGACCACAUACUUGAUCCACCAUACAUGCAACGAGACGCUAAGGACUAGACCACUCAUCGUGGACUCAGACCCGAUUGACCCGAACCUAAUCAGCUUUCAGACAAGCAUCACAUUGGAACAAGAUCAGCAUUGCAAUCACUCAUCCAAAAAACCCUUGAUUGUUUCAUCAGUGAAACACGAGAUAUGUGUGAGCGAGGACGCAUCCCAUGAGGCCAAAUCGACGUUGGAGGACCCAUGGAACGAGAUCACUGGGCUAGACACGUUGGGGUACAAGCCGGUCUGGACUCCCUAUCAAGAUGAAGUAGAAUCUGCUAGUUUGGAUGGGCUUCAUAUGGAGGUUAACCAGCUUUGUGGCAUACAGAAUUUCCACUAUUUUGAUGAUCACAUGUAUUGAGCUUGAUUUUGUCAUUAAGUUUUUACCCCUUCACUUGAUUAGCUGCUGCUUCUUCUUUUUUUAUUGUUUAUAGUACAUACUGCUAAAUAUUAGUACUACUUUGUUGUGUAAUAAAUGUUGGCUUACUCAACUGGAAA